CCCUUGCAGAGCUCUACCAUGAAGAUCUUUGUUUUGCUUAUGAUCACUGCAGCGUUUGCUGCUCACAGCUGGGCAUUAGAUAGGUGCAGUGUGGUUAGAGCGAUUAGAAAUGGGGGAGUUAUUGGCAUCAAAGGAUAUACACUGGGGGACUAUGUGUGCUUAGCUUACCAAGCCAGCCGCUACGACACUUCCCUCAACAGAAGCCCAACAGAGUAUGGUAUCUUCCAGAUCAACAGCUACUGGUGGUGCAACGAUGGCAGAACCGUAGGGCGCAAGAACCUCUGUGGAAUGUCCUGUACAAAUUUACUGAACAGUUACAUUGACGAUGAUGUGAGGUGCCUUAAAAGGAUUGUGAGAGAUCCCAAUGGACUUGGUGCUUGGAGUGUUUGGACCAGAUACUGCAAAGGAAGAGACCUAAGCUCAUACACCGACUUUUGCUAAUAUUUGCCUUUGCCUGGGCAGAGGGUUUUGUACAGUUACUAAAUCAGUUGCGGUGAAAUUGAUUAUAAAUAAGUUGAAUUACUGUAUUAUGUGAAUUAUGAUUUAACCUGAAGAAGGGUCAGCACCAUAAUUAAAGAUGCUGCAAGAUAAUGGGAAAUUGCAGUCUAAUGAAGUGCUUGCAUCUCCCUUCCUCCUCCAAUAGGCUUAAAUAUCGUUUAACUUAAACUUAAUAGAAAGUACAGCCUGAUACAGGUAUCGGACCCCUUAUCCGGAAACCCGUUAUCCAGAAAGCUCCGAAUUACGGAAAGCCUGUCUCCCAUAGACUCCAUUUUAAUAAAAUAAUUCAGAAUUUUUAAACUGAUUUCCUUUUUCUCUGUAAUAAUGAAACAGAACCUUGUAAUUGAUCCCAGCUAAGAUAUAAAUAAUCCUUAUUGGAUGCAAAACAAUCCUAUUGGGGUUAAUUAAUGUUUUAUUGAUUUUUUAGCAGACUUAAGGUAUGGAGAUCCAAAUUACAGAAAGAUCCCUUAUCCGGGAUACCCUUGGUCCCGAGCAUUCUGGAUAAUGGGUCCUAUACCUGUAUUAUGAUUUCAGAGGCCCAUCACCAACCUUACCUUGUGCAGAGAGGAUGUAGGGUAAAAAUAACACCAUUUUUCCUGUACUUGGGUGCAAAGAGACAAUAGCCUGGUGGGGAAUGUUAAAUAUUACUCAAGGAAGAGAGGUAACAUAACAGGCCUUCCUUUCUGAUAUAGGCUGAUAUAUGUGUUCCUUAUAGGAGUCUACGUUUUUUUCAGCUUUGUGGCAUUUGCCUGAACCAACAGUUUGCCAGUCCGGGCCUGAUUUUCAGUACACAGAGGCCCAAACAGCCCCCCAUAGGCCCAAUAAAUAGUGACUGUCUAUGGCACCUUACAGCAGCCCCUCUGGCAUUUGGCAGAACCCACAGAUUUCUAGACUUACAACAGGGAUCUUUAAAAUGACUGUAAAGGUUCUAGAUGAAAUAACUUUCUCCAAAGAAAAACAUUUAAGACUAAGAACACUGCCAUAGUCCCACUAACUAUCUGUAUGUGCUGUUUAAAGAGUCAUAAGCAUGAACAUAAACACAAUAAAUACU